AUGAUUGCAAAGGAAGUGUCCACUAUCGACAAAGAUCACUUCCGCUUAGACACACAUCACGAACAUUCCCGCGAUCUUUUUCAAGCGGCGGGGCUUAUGGAGACGGCCUUGGUCAAAGAGUACGCCUCAAAUGAAGGACACGACAAUAUCCCCAUUGAGUGGGACGAGCCUCUCUCGGACCAUCUACCAGGAUUCGGCCGCCACUACAAACAGCACACAGAGAAGCUGGAGGAUACUUUUUGGCGCUUCUUCUGGGCCUUUGGUUGCGGAAUAUCACUGGUCGGCCCAAUGCUGAUAAUGGUGCUGAUAGACUCGAAACUCGCGAAGCUGCUAACAGCGUCCAUCGCUAUUAUUCUCUACGGUAUCGUCGUGGCGAUCAUCUCUGCUGAACUCAUUCCCGGUAUAAAACUUCCCGACUUUGGGAUCAGGGAUGUGGUGGCAGUCACGCUGGCUUAUGCAGCGGUUAUGGUUGUGUUUGUUGGAGUCUCCUAG